AUGGGAGAUGUAGCUAAGGACCUUAUAGCUGGGACUGUUGAAGGGGCAGCACAAUUGAUAGUUGGACACCCAUUUGACACAAUCAAGGUCAAGCUCCAAAGCCAGCCAACACCAAUCCCUGGCCAGCUUCCAAGGUAUUCUGGUGCAAUUGAUGCUGUCAAGCAGACACUAGCAGCUGAAGGCCCAAGGGGCUUAUACAAAGGUAGGGGUGCUCCACUUGCUACAGUAGCCGCCUUCAACGCUGCCCUAUUUACGGUUAGGGGGCAAAUGGAGGCAUUGUUCAGGUCCCAUCCCGGCGCUGGAGCUGGACUUGCUGUUUCCUUUCUAGUUUGCCCCACUGAACUGAUCAAGUGCAGGUUUCACUGA